CGCACGUAUAAAUGUACUUAGGUAUGAGUCAGCGGUCUACCUCUGCAAUCAACAACAACAUGGCGGACAGGUCGUCAGACAAGAAAACAGAUAGAAAAAGAGGAAAAGGCGAAAGAAAGGAGGAAAGAAAGAAGAGGAAACGUAGUGAAAAUGAAGAAAUAGAACUGGCUAAACAUUAUGAAACAUUCUAUGAACAGCCACCCCCAGGGAUCAUAAAGGAGAAAGAGGAGCUUCCAGAAGAAUGUAUACCUGAUUUACCUGAAAACCAGAGUGCAAGAGAUUUUCUUUCCCAUGCCCCCACUAAAGGCCUGUGGAUGCCACUUGGAAAGGAGGUCAAAGUUAUGAAGUGUUGGCGAUGUAAAGCCUAUGGCCACAGGACAGGUGACAGGGAGUGUCCCUUGUUUAUCAGUGGCAACAAAAACAGUGAAAAGUUUCGAAUGGCACAUGAAGACCCAAUGCAUGAGUUCAUUCAAGAUAAAAAGAGAGCAGAAAAGGAAAGCAGAAUACAACAGCUCAAGGCCUUACUUGAAGAGUCAACAACAAGCGAGAGUGAUUCAGAGAAAAGCAGCAAAAGUUCUGGUGAUGAAGACAGAAAAAAAAGACAUAAAAAAUCCAAGGUGAAACAUAAACGGAAAGAGAGCAAAAAACAUCGACGUAAACACCGGAAGUUAUCAAAACACAAUGACGGUGAUAGAAGGAAAGAUGAUUCAAGGGAGAAAAAGGACAAAAGAUGAGAAUUUUAGAACAGGGGAUAAUAUGGCAUGUGUUAUCAAGUUAUCAUCAUUUGUCAAAAGGCACGUGGUCAGAUCUGUUGGAGCCUAGCCCUCCACAAUCGGAGUCUGUUAGCCGAGACAGGAAGUUGGUCCUGUUGAGAUCGUGUCGAGAAGAGGCUUUCGGCAAAACACAUAAAAUGUGAUCCCUUAACCUGGAUGGAGGAAAUCCCUUGUGCACUAAGGCAGAUAGAUAUGAAAUCACAUCCGCUAUUUCCGUAGAGUUUUCGGUCCCCGAAAAAAACGGAGGUUGCCAGAACCGGCUCUCCCACUCAGUCAAUAGGUACAUAUCAAGUUGAGAGUCGAAAAUAGUUUAAAAAACAGAAACGUUUUGGAGAAAGACAAAAGUUUAAUCCCUCAGUAUCACCUAGUAAAUAUAGCUACACAUAUUCUUA